CUCCGCCUCUCACCGAGGUUCCCGCCCCGAGGAAUCGUUCCGCAGCCGCCGCAUCGCGACUCACGCCGCUGUCUUUCCCUGCAGCUGCGGGAGUACAAGGUGGUCGGGCGUUGUCUGCCCACGCCGAAAUGCAGGACUCCUCCGCUCUACCGGAUGCGGAUCUUUGCUCCCAACCACGUUGUCGCCAAGUCCCGGUUCUGGUAUUUCGUGUCUCAGCUGAAGAAGAUGAAAAAGUCUUCCGGAGAGAUUGUGUACUGUGGCCAGGUGUAUGAGAAGACCCCUCUGCGGGUAAAAAAUUUUGGUAUUUGGCUGCGCUACGAUUCUCGUAGUGGAACUCACAACAUGUACAGAGAGUACAGGGAUUUGACCACUGCUGGUGCUGUCACUCAGUGCUACCGUGAUAUGGGAGCCCGUCAUCGUGCCCGUGCUCACUCCAUUCAGAUAAUGAAAGUGGAGCAGAUUCCUGCUAGCAAGUGCCGUAGGCCAGCAGUCAAGCAGUUCCAUGAUUCUAAAAUCAAGUUCCCUCUGCCACACAGAGUUCUGCGUCGUCAGCACAAACCACGUUUCACCACCAAGAGACCAAAUACUUUCUUCUAAGUAGAAAAAUGUGCUGUCUACUCAGUGUAAUAAAGGUCUAUUUGAACCUUUCA